UAACUGACGUGAAACUAUGAUGCAAACGAGGCCAUAGAGCUGAGGAAUGGCUCUGCAGUCUAUGCAAAACAAAAGAAAGAGAAUAGGAAAAGUCUCUCUCUCUCUCUUAUUCUUAUCUGUUUUCUUCUGAUUCCUGACUCAAACAUUUACUUCAUGUACUGAGUCAUGUCAGGAAAGAGAUUCAAUUAAUGAGUUGUAGAAUCCCAAAGAUUUAAAAAACCUGAGAGAAAAGACGAGGAAACUUGCUCAUAGGUUAAUCGGUUUGAUUUUUUAAUCAAAAGAAAAGGCAAGAAGGGUUGACAGACUGGUGAAGAAAAUAACUUCACUUGUCCCAUAAGCAACAACCUUGCCUAUGUUAUAGGCACUAGGCGUAAACCCCUCUAAAACCCACAAGCUUCUUUAAAUUUCAGUAUCCUUCUUCUUCCUCCUCUUCUUCUUCCUCUUUACGUCUUUCAGGCCUUUAUAAAGCCAUCAUAACCAUCAUAAGUUAUCUUCAUCAUGAGAAUGGGAGAAAUAAGAAAGUGGUGUGGGGCUAUAAUGGCGAUGGUACAAAUAGUGAGCUGGGUGUCUGCGACUAGUAGGCAUAUUGCUUCUACUCAAGUUUCUUUUCAUCCAGAGAUAAUAAGCCCACAGGCUGCAGAACACAACUCUAGAAGGCCUAUAUUGACGCCCAAUGAGAACACAGAGGUAAAAGAGAUGGAGAAAGGGAGGAUAAUAGGAUCAAAGCCACCAACUUGUGAGAAGAAAUGCUAUGGAUGUGAGCCAUGUGAAGCAAUCCAAGUCCCUACCAUUUCUUCACCUCCUCACAUAUCUACUCAAUAUACUAAUUACCAACCUGAGGGUUGGAGAUGCCAUUGUGCUCCUUAAUUAGACUUGCUUAACAA